AUGAGCACUGUCAUUUCUACAAAGAAGAGAACUCUCACUGGUGGUUCCUCAAUACUGGCUAAGAAAGUUAAAAUAAUCCCAACAAAUGAAAUAGAUGAAGAAACCAACUUGUCAAAAUGCUUUCACACUGUCACUGCCAAAUUAUAUAUUUCCUUGGCUCCUAUGUUCUUCAACGACCCUAUAAAAGGUGUUAAACAGCAGCAUUUGGAUCCUCUUCUUAUGAGCUAUUUCUCUGAAGCAAGAGGUAUCAUACUAUCAUAUUCUAAUAUUAAAUUCUUGAAAGACAACUAUUCUGAUGAUGGUGCAUCACUCUUAGGAACCAUAAAGUUUGAUACUCCAUUUGCUUUUAUGUGGAUAAGUGUUAACUUUUUAGUUUGGAGACCUAUGGUUGGUGAUAUUAUUAAAGGUUACAGUUACAUGCAAUCCCCAUCUCAUAUUGGGUUAUUGAUCCAUGAUACCUUCAAUGCUAAUAUUAAGAAAUAUUACAUUCCAAAUAAUUGGGAAUUUGUUCCAAAUGCGGAUGAUGAAAACCAAGAAACUGAGGGUGAAGAAGAAAGUGGUAACAAUUUGAGAUCUUUGGGUUACUGGGUCGACGAAAACGGUGUCAAGGUUGAUGGAGAAUUACAAUUUACAAUUAGAGCCAUCCAUUCUGCUGGGAAAUUCGUUAGCGUAGAGGGUACAUUGAUUAAACCAGGACAAGAGGAAGACUUUGGAAUUUCUUCUGAAGAAAAGCCUCAUCAAGUAAGUACUCACAAAAAGUUCUUUGAUGAAGAUGUGGAAGAUACUACUUUGACCGUUAUUCCGGAACCUGCUAAGGAAGGUCUUGAAGAUUUGCCUAAGUAUGAUGUUGAUUCCGAUGAGGAAAAAGUGAUAGCUGAGGCUGAUUCCAGCGAAGAUGAAGAUGAAGAUUGA